AUGUCCACACCGAAGAAGACGCGGCCGGACGGACCCGCGUCGAGCGACGGCGGACGCAUCACUAUACCCGGGAUAUGGCAGUUGGUGCUUCAAUUCUCUGAUCUCGACACGGCGUUCAACUUUGGUGUCAUGGUGUUCUCAUCGCCGAGUUUAUGGGACGUAGCCGCCGACAACGAUACAUGGGGAGGUCUUAUCGAGCAGCACUUUGGCGCAAAGCGCAUGUAUUACCCUACUGCAUGGCUCCCUUCCACGUCGUGCGUCCCGAACUUCCGAGCACAAAAGGAUUUCCACCCGUCGGACGCGUACGUGGAGUUUUGUGAAACGUACGGCGAGCGCGCCAUGUUUUCCAAAGUCCAAAUCCGCCAAGGUGACAUUGGACACAUUCACGACGUUGACGGGACCCCCCUCGAUGGCCUCAUGUUUCCCACAAACUAUUCUCUCCUCAAUACUGGUUCGGGCGCCGCAGCCGCUGUGUUCCGUCGCGCUGGCGCAGAUUUGGACGAGUACAUCAAAGCAUUGCCGGCUCAGACCCACGACACCAAAACCGUCGUGACCCCUGGGUUCGAUGCCGGAGUUGAACACUUGAUUCAUUGCGUUGGUCCGUCUCCUCACACCAUCGGGAGCUAUCCGCUGCUCUACCAGACGUAUUUGAGUGCGUUCGAGCAAGCCCGACGGCGCCACGUGAAAUGCAUCGCUGUGGCGUCCAUUUCGACGGGUGCCCUUGGGUUUCCACUGAACCCGGCGACCUCUUUGGCCAUGCGCGCUCUGCGCGACUUCAUCAAAACCCAUCGAUGGAACGCCAAGGUGGCGUUUGUAUGCUGGGAUGCCGAUGUUGCCGCGGCGAUGCGCGACGCCAAGGCCGACAUCCUUGCAAACUUCAAUGCUCAAGCGUACCAAGUGAUGUCGAUCGUGUAGGAAGGCCAUCGUAGGUCACUGCUUCAUGUCGAUAAUACUAUUAUUUUAUUGUUUCAAAUCUA